AGACCACAAACUAUUACAUAAAAAAACAAGAUGCUGCUUUUUGUUGUAUCUAAUUUUUCAAAUAUGCAUUUUUUAAAACUUAUUUGUAUGUCUUCUUCCUGUCAGCCACAGUUUGUGGGGCCUUUGUAAUCCGUCACACUGCUGUUAUCUUUAAUGCUCUUUGAGCUCCUCCACUUUUUGAAAAGGCGUGGUUUCCUUUUGCAAACAGGUUCUGCACAGUUUCCAGCCUCAACAAGUUUCAUGUUGCAUUUAUUUGCAUGUGGAAACUGGUUUCCACACCCAUACUGAAUAGUUUUUUUUUGCAGUGACACCACCUAGAUUUAGUCUUUUGUUGCUGGAUAGGUGAAAAACGAGAUGUUUUUAUAUUUGCAUACUUUUUUUUUUUUUUGUACUACUCAGGUCAAAACAUUCUAUAUAUCGGUAAUCCACCUGUGGAGACCAACCUCUGUCGGCAACUAAGCAUGAAAAAGCAUUCAAGUUAGCCCCUGGAUAUGGGAUAAAUGUGUUGCAUUAAAGAAUAGUGAAGAUGGAAUCCUUGUCACUGUUGUCUUCUUUGAAAGGGGAAUUUAAACCUGAGGACUAUAUUCUGCCACAUUACAAAGAAUCAUAUCGCUUAGCUAUCGAUGCUUUGGUGAAUGGAGGUCGGCAAAGUUAUCAGGAAUUUCUCACAAAUGAAAGGCUUGCCGAUUUUCUGUCAGAGGAAGAGCUGACAUUUAUCACAGUGAAUGCUGAGAAGCCUCAGGUAAAUCAAUCUAAUGACUGUGAGGACAUACAUGAUGACUCAUCCUCUACUGGAACCUACUGGCCUGUUGAGUCUGACGUGGAAACCCCAGACCUGGACCUUGGCUGGCCAGGUUUUCUGCCUGAGCUUUCAAACAAGACCAAUGUAGAUCUGUUUUUCCACCCACCUCGUCAGAAUUGCCCUACGAUAAAAGAAGUCAUAAGAAAAUCAAUACAGGAUGCAAGAAAGGUCAUUGCGCUUGUGAUGGAUGUAUUCACAGACGUUGACAUAUUCAAGGAAAUCGUAGACGCUUCAGUUCGAGGAGUUCCGGUUUAUCUCCUGCUUGAUGAAUUGCAGUUUCAAAGCUUUCUUACUAUGGCUGAGAAACAAGUUGAAGUUCAGAGACUCAGGAACAUGAGGGUGCGGACAAUAAAAGGACAAGAAUAUCUCUGCAGAUCUGGAGCAAAGUUUCAUGGUGCUCUGAAACAGAAAUUUCUGAUGGUGGAUUGUCACACAGUAGUAUAUGGAUCAUACAGCUUUAUGUGGUCCUUUGAGAAGAUCAACCUCAGUAUGGUACAAGUCAUCACAGGCCAACUUGUAGAAUGUUAUGAUGAAGAAUUUAGGACACUGUUUGCCCGUUCCACUAUUCCAAAUAUAUUCACUCCAGAGAAUGUUGCACUGGACGUUAAGCAAGAAAGAUGGCAGAAUGGCACAAACACAGUGUGUUCCUAUGUUUCGCAUAGUCAGCCAUUUGAGAGAAGAGACCAAUUAAGGCAUACUCUUGAUACAGUGUAUAUGAAGGCUUGUGGAAGACAGCUCAAUUUAACCAACAAUAUGGGGAAUAUGGAUAACGAUGACACAUAUCAACAAAGAACAUUUGGCUAUAGACCAGGCCCUGCUGGAUUGAAUAUACAGAAUAGGAUCCAGCAGCUUCAGUCAGCUGAGACAAGUAACUACAUGAAAAGACAUAGCUAUGCUGGACAGAAACAAGAAGCCCUAUCAUAUGUUCAAAACAGGGCAUCAAACUUCGGAUCAAGUAAUUGGAAUGUAGCAGCAGAAAACUAUGGUUAUGGAGCUCCAGGGAGAACUGAUUUUAUGUCAAAGUACAAUGCAUUUCAAGGUGGUGGUGGAGAACAGUUCCAGAAAGGCAGAUUAACCCAACCUUACCUUAGUUCUGAUAUGCGAAAAUCGUUUCAUGGAACUGACAAUCAUGUCCGUACUCUGCACCAAAAUAUGCCAAACCUUGAACAUACCACAAAGUCAUUCUUAAGAACCUGGCGGAUAGAAUCCUACCUUAACAACACUGAAUUUCCACUUCAAGAGUCUGGGGAUUAUGUAGAUUAUCCUGCAGUGCAUUAUGAUGGCUUAGAAGGAAUAGAAACCAAACAAAACCAAAUGUACCCAAUGCAUUCUUCUAUUCGGUCAUCUCUUGUUUUCAAUUCAACCAUACCAGAGCAGCCAGAAUCAAACAGUUUUACAUCCAUCUCAUCUACUUCCACAAAGGUCUCCUCUCAACAUAACCAGGCCAAUUCUUCAGUCAAUAUGUAUUAUCCUGCUGUGCAUAGAAACCCAUUCAUGCAAACAGAAAAUAGAAUGAGACAGGAUGACUUCAUGCAAAAAAAGCGCAAUAUACAGAUAUAUGAUGACCAGAAGACAAAUAUGAAUUAUGUUGCCAAUAAGGAAUUGUUUACCCCUACGUAUGCCACUCUUGGUAGAACGUCAGCCAAGAAUCCAGAUGUUUUACAAGUUGAGGGCUAUGCUUAUAAAAGACACAGUAUUAAUGAGCCAAAUCCAAGUCAGGAUUACAGUGCUAGUAAAGAUAAUUUAAGUUACAUGUAUGGUACUCUUGGAAGGAGAGAGCCAGACAAGUAUGUGACCAGUCAGGGUGACAGCUAUACCCAAAAUAGGCAUGCAGUUCAAAAUCUGGAUCACCAAAGGUCAACUUCAGAGUACAGUAUUAAAAAGGAAGCAGAGAAUAAGACACUGUCAACCUGUAAUUGGCAACCUCCUCCUUCAAGAACAGUGUCUGUCACCUCUCUUGCAAAUGCCAGGCAACAAGAGCAAAACCCAAGAAAAGCGAACAAAGAAAGUGAAGGUUCACCACACUUCUUCAAAAGAAGCACCAAAAAGAUUAAAUCUUUGCUUAACUUGACAGACAAGUCACCUAAAAGCAAAAGUGGUUCAAACUACAAAAUAUGUGACAGUUCAGACACACUAGUUUCUGAUGACGAGGACCAGAAAUAUAAAAAAAACAAAGAUAAAAACAAGCUUUCCACCAGUACAGCAAACUCAGUCAAAUCUAUAGAUAGCCUUGGACAUUCCAAAAUAAAUCAAAAGCUUCAGCUGAAUGAGAACCAUUUGUUGGAAAAUGUUGGCGAUUCGUCAGCGCCACGAUUCAGCACAGAACAGCUCAAGUAUGAGACAGACAAAGAACAGAAAACCAAUCCCAUCAUAUCUCCAGCAAUUUCCUCCACUGUGGUACAUCAUGGACCAGAGAUCCACCAUGAGAACUCCAGUGCAGUAUCACAAGCACUCCAGAGGAAUCGUCUGAGUGAGAAACGGGUUUAUAGCCGUUUUGAGCCUUUCUGCACAUUUGAAAAACAAAGCAGUAAACCGACUAAUUCAGGAGAACAGACUGUAACCACUGGAGCCAUUUACACUGCCGAGAAGAACAAAAGUGUGUUCAGAGAUCAUGGAAGAACAAAUUCAACAUUUGCACGUCAUACCUCUACAGGAUAUCCAACAUAUUCACACAAUGACAAUAAAAUUGGCAGGUUUAUGCAGAGAUUCGUUGGGAAUUUAAUUCACAAACACAAGUAAGAGAAUGUAUUCCUAGGACUCACGCUGCCAAUGCUGAAAUAUUGCCAAUGCUAGCUAUCACCAUUCAUAAUACUGUCUGACAAUAAAAAAGGAAAAAGGUAGCUUUUAUAUAUUUUUUUCUUGGUGGAGGACUUGGGGAAGAACUUGCCAGUACCUGAAUUACAAUUUAUAUAUUACCUCAUGUGUACUCUAAGGCAACCAUUUCUUGUAAAUAUGACAGUUUCCAACAGGAAAUAUAGAAUGCACACUUAAUGCAUUAAGAAUUAAAAGUUGCCAAAAUAACCUAAUUCUAAUUUCCUUGUGGGCUAUGGUAUAGAACUAUUGGAAAAAUAGUGUAGUGGUAUUAGAUGAUUUACUAGAACAAUAGCAGAAAGCAUGAAUUAAAGCUUCACUUGUAUAAUGGUCCAUUAGCCAUGUAUUAAUACUGUAUUCUUUACUAUACUUUCCAGGUUGACAGUUUAGUUUUUAUAAUUAAAAUCCUGUGAGGAAAACAAAAUGUUAUUAUAGCUUUGAACAGUAUCAACAAACAGGCAGGGGCAAAUUUAACAUUGUACUUGAAAUGCACAAUUUUAGUUAAGAAUGUAAUCCUAUGAAAGACUAUUAGUUAAUGUACUCUUCUGCCUUAAAAGCUGUUUAAAAUGUAUAUUUAUUUCUCUCCCACAAAAAAUGCAAUUUAUUUGAUAAAAUAUAUGAAGGUGCAGGUUAUACAUUAUAAUUCACAUGGUAUAAAUUAGGAAACCAUUUGAUCUUAAAGGUGACGUGGGUCUAUUUUAACGGUAUGAACACCUUUGUAUGUUAAUACCCUCCUCUGCCUAAAACUUCUAACCCUGCUCUAUCAAAUAUUUGUGUUACUUGGUAAUGUUAAUAAGGGAGUGAAUACAACAGCCCUGAGGUUAGACACCAGUUGGAUCCGCUGCUGUUUAAAUACUUAAAUGUGAAAAGCACUGCCCCACAGCACCACCAAGAAACAGCUGCAUAAUUAAAAAAUAAAAAUAAACUAUAAAUGUGUUGUGUCAUUUUCUUUUGUGUACUUUUGUUUUUUUUGGGGGGGGUAUUAAAGUAAAA